AUGUCGAACAUUGAACGAACUACGAGCAAGGCUGACUCCAUUGGAGUUGACCACAAGGAGACUAUCCUAGCUGUUGAGGUUGCGGAGGAGAGCAACACAACUGUUUGGAAGCUCCUGAGAGAGAAUGUUCGUGUCAUCAUUUUCACUUGGUUCGCGAACUGUGGUGCAUUCCUCUUCGGAUAUGAUGUCCUCGUCCAAGGAGCCAUCAAUGCCCUCCCUAUGUUCUCAAUCACCUUUGGUUCUCCCUUUGGCGAGACCUUCAUCCUUCCAGCCUUGUGGCAAGGUCUUUGGCAGGCUUUUAGCGCAAUGGGAAUCAUGGCUGGCGCAGCAAGCAAUGGCUUCCUUCAGGAUCGGUUCGGUCGAAAGAUCAUGUUUGGAGUUGGAGGUCUCAUCUCUGCCGUUGGAACUGCAAUUACCUUUGUGUCCGGCAAUCCCGAGACGGUCGAACAAAGACGUGGUGUUCUCUUGGUUGGAAAGUUCUUCAUUGGCCUGGCUAUGGGUAUUAGCAUGUCGACAUGCCAAACAUACGUAUCUGAGAUUUCACCACCCAAGCUUCGAACUAUACUUCUCGGCUUUUAUCCCUUCAUGAUCACUGUUGGUCAGAUGAUUGCCAUUACGGUCGUGUUCAAGGAGGUCGCUACAAUGACACACUGGGCUUUCAAGAUCCCUUUCGCUUCUCAGUGGGCCUUCUCCGCCUACUCCGUCAUCGCAGCCCUAGUCGUCCCCGAAAGCCCUGUAUACCUCGCCGGUAAGAACAAAAUAGACCAAGCUAGAAAGGCUUUGACUACACUCGGUUGCGGAAAUAUCGACGAACGAAUAUCGAUCAUCGAAGCUACAAUUCAACAAGAACAGAGAAUGAAUACAGAGCAGCCUUCGUUCUCGGAGUGCUUCAAGGGUACCAACUUGCGAAGAACUCGUAUUGUUGCUCUGCUCAACACUCUCCAGCAGUUUAUGGGAAUAACUCUGGUCUCGAACUCUACCUACUUCUUCAUCAUGGCUGGCAUGACCCCGACUUUCUCGCUCACUCUCAACCAGAUCGGCGUUGGGUUGAGUAUGGUAUGCACCCUUGUCUCUUGGGUUAUCAUGUCCAAGGUUGGCCGAAGGUUUGCUAUCCUCGCAAGCUUUGUUGUUGCUGGAGCCAUCUUUAUUGGUAUGGGCGUUGCUGGCUUCUGGCCCCAGAACCAAACAGCAUUGAGAUUCAUCGGCGUAUCUCUUCUUCUAGCUGCUUGCACCGGUAACUUGGGCACAGGAUCAGCAUAUCCCAUCGUGGCAGCCGAAGUCCCUUCAACCGUCCUUCGAGCCAAGACUCUUGGUAUUGGUUUCUUCGUCAACGCUUUCAUGACCUGGGCUUUCGCUCUUUGUGUUCCGUACAUGUUCAAUGCUGAUCAGGGUAACCUGGGAGGCAAGAUUGGCUUCGUCUUCUUUGGCUUCUGCGUCAUUGGAUUCGUUCUUACCUGGAUCGAAAUCCCCGAGACCAAGAACAUUACUUAUGCCCAGAUCGAUUAUCUCUUCCAGACUAAGACUCCGGCGCCAAAGUUCAAAGAAAGGUCUACUACUGCUAUUACGGAGGAGGCAUAG